CAUCGGUCCCCCACCGUCCACCGUACCAGAGUCCUCACACAUUCACACUUGUUGUUCAACUCGAGACAAAGCACAACCCCCCUAGUCCUGCACACGCCAACGCCGUGAUGGCUUUCCGCCAGACGUCCCGUCUCAACAAACCCGUUCCGCCACGCUUGCGCUAGCCUCCUUAGCCCCAAGCGCCCCUCACUCUUCUCCGCACGCAUCCCAUUGCCGCCCCGCCGCCACUUAACCAUGACGGCCACGCUUUCUCUCUUUAACCCACUUGGCGACAUGGACAUUCUGUCCCAUCCCCCCGCUGCUCCCACUCCGGUGGAGAGCACGUCCACGCCAGAGGGCCACCGCCCGCGUCGCCGCUGGACCGCCGACGAGGACGCGCGCCUCAUCGCGGCUGUCAAGAAGUACGGCUCGCAGCGCGGACCCGGCAGCCAGUGGUCCAAGAUCUCGGCCGGCCUGCCCGGCCGGACCAACAAGGACUGCCGCAAGCGCUGGUUCCACAGCCUCGACCCCCGCGUGCGGAAGGGUCGCUGGUCGCCCGAAGAGGACGAGCUUCUGCGCAAACUGUACGCUGAGUUGGGCCCCCAGUGGAAGGCAAUUGCCCUCCGCAUUCCCGGCCGCAAAGACGACCAAGUGUCGAAGCGUUGGCGCGACGUGCUCGCUCCCGAGCUCACGAGCAAGAAGCCAUGGAGCGACGAGGAGGAUGCUCUCCUCCUAGCGCUGCUUGAAGAGAAGGGCCCGAAGUGGACCGCCAUUGCAGAGCAGCUCCCCGGCCGCUCUCCGAUUGCCUGUCGCAACCGCUCGAGGAAGUACCGCAAGCCUGCCGCCGCUGCUCCUUCGAUCACGUCUAUCGCCUCGACCCCGGCCCGCUCCUCGCCCGCCUCUUCUCCCGAGGGGGCGUACGUCGACCUACUCCUCGCCCAGGCAGCCCAGAGCCAGCCUCAGCACCCUCCCCACCACUCGACGGCCCACGUACCAAGCCACGACCACGAUUGGCACCUGCCGCAGCUCGGAGCCGUCCCGCCCACACUCGACCUCUUCAACUUUGACGUCGCCAACGCGCCAUUGUCUGGCCUCGCUCCCGUAUCGGGCGUCUCCGGCGUCUCCGGCAUUUCCGGCGUCACGGGCUCCGACGCCGCCGAGCAUGGUCUCCUCGAGAACUGGCUCGCGAGCAUGGGCGGCGUCCCGUCUUCAACGACGAGCUCGGCGUCCAGCGCCUCCGCCACUCUCCCCGUGACGACGGAGCACGCGACGCCUGACUCGCUCGCCACCCUCGCCACCACCGACAAGCCUCUCCAAAUGCUCUACGGGCACUCGGAUACGCCCGUCAACAACAUGUGGAGCCUGUGCCUCGCCCUCGACCGCGGCGAGCACAGCGUCACGGUCUCGUCCGAGCUGCUGCGCCACCUCAUCGCCUACGCGCCGCAGAAACUGCGCCAGGAAGGCCUGAGCAUGGAGCUGUCAUAGCCGCGGGAAGCGGCGAAGCGUAGCCGAGGCCGAGGUAGGCCGAGGUCGGAGGCAUGCAGAAACCCUACCCUACAAAACCAUUCAUACUCGACUAGAUACGGACAGUCUGUAGUGUACCACCAUGUAGAGUAAUGAGUAAUCCGUGCUCCCGCUUCCCUUGUCGCUGAGCCUGCAUGCCUGUCGCACCUGCAAG